AGGCAAUUGUGAGGGCAGAAUAUUCAUAUAUCGAUUAACUAUCCUGCAUCAGGUGAUUGCCAACAUAGAGAAGGCCCAGGAGAGACAGAAAGAGGCAUACAAGAGGAGGACCAAGAGGGGGACCAAGCGCUUCAGGAUCACACCAGGCAUGGAGGUCCUGAAGAAGAAUGAGAGGAAGCGUGGAAGGCAUGGUCAAACCAUGGACCCAGAUUGGCCAACUGUGUUGAGGGUUACUGAGGUUACGGACAAUAACUUUGUGCAGCUGGAGACCUUGGAUGGAAAGCCAUUGAAGACCAGGACACCCUAUGCUUCAGUGAAGCCUGUGCGAAGUAGAAGAAGAAGAUCCCAGGCUGCCUGUCCCACCAAGGAGACUGUGUCCGAUCUAUCCGAGCCAGCAGAUUCAGAGUUGGAGGAGGACUUACUAGAGGACUUGGAUGUUGUCAUCACUAGUGUCCAGCCAGGCCGGGCUUAUCUAGCUUCACUGAGCAAUAGGGUGGAGGGCUUCAGGGCCAUGCUCAGCAACCCAAGUACUUGGUUGGAUGACCGUGCUAUGGACCAUGCUCAGGCCCUGCUUAAGGCUAAGUACCCCAACGUCAACGGGCUCUACGCUACCACCUCCCUUUGCUUGCUGUCCACUUUGCCCGAGCCAGCCCAAGGGUUUGUACAGAUACUCAAUGUUUCUGCAAAUCACUGGGUUACGGUAAGUGACAUUGGCUGCCAGGGAGGUUCAGUAAACAUUUUUGACUCCCUAGGACACACCAGGACAGAGGUCUUUAUUGAACAGGUCACAGGUCUGCUUGCUUUUCCAGGGAAGAGUGUCCGACUGCAGUGGCCUGACAUACAGCAGCAGGCAGGUGGCUCAGAUUGUGGACUAUUUGCUAUUGCCAACAGUUUUGCUCUCUGCAGCGGUGAGGGUCCCAGCACAGUCCAAUACCAUCAAGGACAAAUGCGCAGUCACCUCUUUUCCUGUUUUCAGGCUGGAGAAGUGCAACUGUUCCCUAGAGCCAUGAGGUCCCCCACUGCCGAGCCAUUCGCCAUUGAUGUGGAUGUGCACUGCCUCUGCAGACGGACCAUCAGGCAAGGAAAAGCACCUCUGGUCCCAUGCAGGAGACAUCUUGGCAGGAAGAGUUUACCAUGCAGAGGCCAAAGAACACCAGGGACGUCAAGAAUCAGCAUCUUCUGGAAGUGUGGUGCAUCAACCUGAACCUGGAACAAGCUAGACCUGUCACUCAGCGCUUAUAAAUGACAUGCUAAACUGCAUUAUCACCUUUUUCAUUUUAUAUUGAAGCAUGAACAUUACAUAUAAGAUUGUUUUCAAUGUUAGUUGUUUAUCUGGGGCAAAUAAUUAAAUGUUAUUCAUAUGUGGCCUGGUGUUAGAUUAAUUGAAAUGAGACUGAGAUUGAAAGGGUUAAGUGAUGCUAUGUGUAAGGUAGUGUCAGUAUGUUGUGUUAGUGCAGUGGACAACAGUGUUAAUAUUCGACAUAGAGAAGACGGACAGGUUCAGAAAAUGAUU